AUGAUGAAGACGCUUUCGCGCUAUCGUUUAAUGCGAACGCAGCAAAAGAACACGCAAUCAGCAAGGCAGUGUGCGGGGCGGCGCUCGAGACAGAGGCAGGCGAGAACUCAGACGCAUUCUCUGACUUUGAUUCGGAGCUGUCUUUUCCGGGUCUCACGCGUGAGGAUCCAGUCGACACGGCAGACGCGGGAUCUGGGCUCGGACUUCUCGGCGAGCCAUCAGACGCAAUCGAGCUUUCUGACAAACAGCAAGCAGCAGCGAAGGCAGCGAUCCAAGAGUUGCGCGAUGCUGAGAAGGUUUCCGCAGCGGUUCCAGACGAUACGACCGGCGUAA